AUGGCGUUUGCCCCCAACUAUCCCCUUCUCGAUUCUGCUAUCUCACGGGCGAGGCAUUCAAAGAAGCAGAAUAUAUAUCAACAAGGGGGUGACUUAAGCACCAGCUGCGCGGGAGCCGGAGGAAGCGCGCUGAGGCUGCAGAGGUGGUCAGGGCGAACUUCCUGGAGGCAGCGGCUGCAGCAGGGCGAGAGGAUUCGGCUUCCCGGCGGCAGAGGGCGCCUGGCGCUGCGGUCCGGCGCGCCGGAGCCGCCCGCGCGGGCGCCGAGAGGAGAGGCGAGGAGGGGAGCGCAAGCGGCGGCGGCCACUGCCACGUAUUCCCGGCAGUGGUGGCGGCGGCGGCGGCGCCCGCGGGCAGGAAUAACUGAAGUCACCUGUACUGGAAAUCAGUUUGCUGAAAUUAUUCAAUCAACGAUUCUUGAAGUUGAAGAAAAGGAGGUUCCAGCCUUGACAAGAGGAGGGUGGCUCUUCCUGGAAUCCCUCUGGACACACCUUCCUAGCUUCCUCUAGGAAAGAUGCGGCAGCUCAAAGGGAAGCCCAAGAAGGAGACCUCCAAGGACAAGAAGGAGCGGAAGCAAGCCAUGCAGGAGGCCCGGCAGCAGAUCACCACCGUGGUGCUGCCCACGCUGGCCGUGGUCGUGCUCUUGAUCGUGGUGUUUGUGUACGUGGCCACGCGCCCCACCAUCACCGAGUGAGCCCCACAGCCAGCCGCGGACCCCAUCGGCAGGGAUAGGAGGCGCGGGAGGGGGACGUAAACAAAAAAUGGCUUUCAUAUUCAGAGAUGUUCAUGUUGCUGAGCUGGAAGCUGGAGCACCCUGUCUUCUCUGGUCUUUGACUUGAUUAAAGUAUCUCCGCUUUUCUUGGGAGGGAAUAGGGGAUGUUUUAUCAGUGAAUGUGCCAUACACCUUAUGGUCCACUUCAUGUGCCUUUCAGACUUCAAAGCGCGUGCGUGCGUGUGUGUGUGUGUUUCCUUUUCUCUCCUAAAAAUCAAUAAGUAGCUCCACCUGAAGAGGUACAGAACCUCUGGGUCAGGAAGCAGCUGGAAUCCGCACUCACCUCAUUCCCAUUGUUUGGAUCAUGCCUCUUUCCAACACGUGUCACAAUCUCCAAAGGGACUGUAUUUCUUCUCUGUGCUUAAUGUGAUUUGAAAUAUGUUGAAUCAAAGUGAAAUAUUUAUUUUUUGAAUAAAGGAGAUAAUAGCCUUAAA